CGGAGCCCCGCGGGUCACUGAGGGUGCCCUCCUGGAGCCCCCCGGAGGGGCGCGCAGCUACGAUGCAGCGCCCGGACAGGGCUGCGGGCCGGGGCAGUGCCCGGAGGAGAGAGGCUGCGGCAGCGGGGAGAAGCGUGUGAGCCCUUGAUAAUCAAAGACUCCGCGGGAGCGAAAUCGGAGCAGAACCGGGGCAAAAGCCUUCGCCUUCAUCAUGGGCAUCGAGGGAGCGGCUCCCGGGCCUGGCGGGCAGUUGUGCGGGGCGCUCAGCCUGGUGCUCGGAGCGCUGCUUUACAAAGUGAUAGAGGGCCGAGGGGUCACGGACAAUGGACCAAGAUUUUCCUCGUUACCAACAUAUCUACCUGUGAACUAUCAUAUUCUCAGUACUGAGACAUCAUUUUUCCUUAAAGAAACCCACCAGGAUUUUAUGAGGAAUUCCAGUUUGCAGUCCAGAGUUGAGUCAUUCUUUACAUACAAAGCCAAGAAGCCUCCUGUGUUGAAUGCUAGCUAUGGGCCUUUUUCUGUAGAAAAGGUUGUACCCCAAGAACUAAUGAUGACUUCAAAUUUUUUAGGCUCUAAUGACAAGUUUACUUUUAACUGGAAACUUAAAACAUACAUCAUGAGCGAUAAGAUCUACUUGAACCGACCCAAAGUCCAAAUUCUGUUUUACAUUGUGGGUCGAGACUGGGAUGAUUACAAUUCUGAAGAGAGACUUCCCUGCCUUCGAGUAUAUGCCUUCAGGGAAACCAGAGAGGUAAGGGGCAGCUGCCGCCUGGCAGGGGACCUUGGCCUGUGUGUUGCAGAAUUGGAGCUUUUAUCCAGUUGGUUCAACCCUCCCACGGUGGCUGGUGGGCGAAAAAAGGCUGUGGGUCAAUCAGAAGGAAGUUCUGUGGAGCUAUAUUACACAAUUCAACCGGGAGAUGAGAAAGGAGAGUGCACGACUGGGGAUAUAAGGAAAGGCAAUGCCAUUCGCCCAGGGAAGGAGGGACUGGAUGAAACCAUGUCCCACUUGCAAAGGAUUGGGACUGUUGGCCUUUAUCAGGCCCAGGAGAAUUUACAGCUUAGUGAGUUACGGCUGGACAGCAAUGUGGUCAUCUGGCUGCCAUCAAAGCCUGUCAAGCAAGGAGAGAUUGUCAAUGCAUAUGUGACUGUCGCCAAUAAUUCCACCAUUGACCUAUUCAUCUUGAGAGCCAAGGUGAAGAAAGGCGUGAAUAUUCUUAGCAUCAAGACAAGUGAGCCCCGGCAAUGGGAUGUCAAGCAAGAGGUGGGAAAUGGUGGGAAACACUCAACCACCAUGGUGAUCUGCCAGCGGAUAGUGUCCAAUUCUAGGAACAGGAGCAGCAGUUUAUUCAAUGAGGUUGUACAGAUGAACUUUGAAAUUGCCAGUUUCAGCAGUCUUUCGGGGACCCAGCCCAUCACCUGGCAAGUAGAGUAUCCCCGUAAGGGGACCACAGACAUCGCCAUCUCUGAAAUUUUCAUCAGUCAGAAGGACCUCGUGGGAAUUGUUCCCUUGGCCAUGGAUACAGAAAUUUUGAAUACCGCCAUUCUCACUGGGAAAACAGUAGCAGUGCCCAUCCGGGUGGUCUCCAUAGAAGAGAACAGCGCCGUAACGGAUAUCUCAGAAUCAGUGGAGUGUAAGUCCUCUGAUGAAGAUGUCAUCAAAGUGUCAGACCGAUGUGACUAUGUUUUUGUCAAUGGCAAAGAAAUCAAAGGGAAGGUGGAUGCCCUUGUGAAUUUCACCUAUCAAUAUUUGAGCGCCCCGCUGCAGAUCACAGUCUGGGUGCCCCGCCUGCCUCUACAAAUUGAGAUCUCUGACACAGAGCUGAGCCAAGUCAAGGCCUGGAGAGUGCCCAUCGUUUCCAAUAAGAGACCCACAAGAGACAGUGAUGAUGAAGAUGAUGAGGAAAGAAGAGGCAGGGGUUGUGCCCUCCAGUACCAACAUGCAAUGGUCCGAGUCCUCACCCAGUUUGUUUCUGAGGAUGCCAAUCCUUGGGGCCAGCUGAGAUAUUUACUGAGCCCUGACUGGCAGUUUGACAUUACUGACCUGGUAACAGAUUUCAUGAAAUUGGAGGAACCACACAUUGCCAAGCUUCAGGAAGGACGGGUUUUGAUUGGACGAGAAGUUGGUAUGACGACAAUACAGGUUCUGUCACCUCUUUCUGAUUCCAUCCUGGCUGAGAAGACUGUGACGGUCUUGGAUGACAAAGUGGCAGUGACGGAUCUUGGCGUCCAACUGGUGGCGGGAUUGUCAGUCUUCCUCCAGCCCAGCUCUGAAGUUAACAAGGCUAUCACCGCCACAGCCAUGGCCGAGGAGCUGCUACAUACUCCCAAGCAGGAAGCUGUGGUCAGCAUGUGGAUCCAGUUCAACGACGGCUCAGUGACACCGCUGGACAUCUAUGAUCCCAAGGAUUUCUCCCUCUCAGCCACAUCGUUGGAUGAGACCAUCGUGUCCGUGCACCAGGGCCAUGAGCUGAGGUGGCCUCUCGUGGUGGCAGAAGGGGAAGGGCAAGGACAGAUCGUCAAAGUUGACAUGAUGAUCUCUGAAGCCUGUCAGAAGUCCAAGCGCAAGAGUGUGCUGGCCAUGGGUGUAGGCAACAUCAAGGUCAAGUUUGGGCAGAACGAUGCCAUCUCUAGCCUUGGAGGGGAUUAUGAUGGGGAUGAGAUCGAGAACCAUGCCAGUGACCGCCGACAAAAGGGCCCCGACCAGGAGCGCUAUGGCCAGGAUGGACGAUACUUUGGAGGUUCCUCCAUUGAUCGAGAGGAGAGUGUUCUCCGUAAAGUCACCACCACCGUCAAAUCACUGAUCAACAACAAAGUGGUGAAGAAUAGUAAGCUGGAUGGAGGCAGACUGUCUGGUGAUGGACAGCUGCAGAACAUCCCCAUUGACUUUACCAAUUUUCCUGCCCAAGUUGACCUCCCAAAAAGUGGUGGUGGGCUGGAAGAGAAUGACUUGGUCCAAGCUACCAGGGGGUUAAGUGACCUUGAGAUAGGAAUGUAUGCACUCCUGGGGGUCUUCUGUUUGGCCAUCCUUGUCUUUCUGAUCAACUGUGCCACAUUUGCCCUGAAGUAUCGUCACAAGCAAGUGCCAAUAGAAGGCCAAGCCACCAUGACCCACUCCCAUGAUUGGGUCUGGCUGGGCAAUGAGGCUGAACUAUUGGAGAAUUCUGGGGAUACAUCACCCCAGCAGGACGAGCACACCACAAUUAUAGACCGGGGACUUGGCUAUGAAGAAAGCAAUCACCUCCUCCUGAAUGGAAAUACGCAGAAGCAUGUUCAGAGCCAGAUUCACAGGUCUGCUGACUUAGGGGGGAAGCAAGAGAAAGAACAAAAACCGGACCCUCUACACUCUCCCACUUCUAAAAGGAAGCGGGUAAAAUUUACCACCUUCACAACAAUACCUCCAGAUGAUGGCUGCCCUACUGUCAACUCCAUUCUCAGUAGCAACGAUGAUGACAUCAAAUGGGUGUGCCAGGACAUGGAUCUGGGAGACUCCAAAGAACUAAGAAACUAUUUGGAGAAAUUCAAAGACAAAGUGUAGGGUCCUCUGGCUGAAGGACCCACCACACCUUGAUGCCUUCAGUUCUACAUUAUAUAUUGGUACCGACAAUGAAGCUAGAGUGGGGCAGGGGUUGGGGGGGAAGUGGGAGGGGGGAAAGCAGGGGAAUCCACCACAAACAAUAUAGCAGUUUCUGUAGCUGGGGAAAGACAGUUUUGCUAUAUGGUGUUUCAGGAGCUGCUGAUUGCGGUUUUGGGCAAUCCGAACACUUGAGAAAGCAACGGACUAGUGAAAGUGAUGAACUGGGCAAGGUGAGGACAUAUGAAGAUUAUUUUAUGAGUAAAAAAAAAAUACAGACAAGUUACCAAAAAUUAUUUGUUAAAAAAAGCAAAAAGACAAAUAAAAAAGACAUAAACAUAAUCUGUUUAUAUUUCUAAUAAAGCAGCAAAAUAUAAAAAUAGGGUCUGCUAAGAGACACUGUAAAUUUUAACUGCAUUUCUUCUUCUGAAGACAGCCUGUGGUACUGAGAAUGGAGGUCAGAAGAAGGCUUCCAUCUAUUUUAGUUGUUUCUUCUGAAGGAAUCAAGAAUGCUUUCUAAAUCUUUCCUUGGAAUUAGAUUUCUCUCUUGUUUUGUUUUCUCCCUUUAUCAUCUUCCUUCCUUUCUUUUUUUUUCUUUUGAUUCCUCUUCAAUAUCUGUUUCUAAGAAUUGAGGUGGAUUUGUUUCACAAAAUGAACUAUAAAUUACAUUCCUCCUUGAUGGAUAAGCUCCUUGAAGUAGUCUAAACUAAGCCCUCCUGUGGAAUAUGAUUACAUCAUUUCUGGGCAGUAAUAACCUUGUUGGCAGGUAUUUGUGCCCCACAACCAGAGCUCCUAUAUUCCUCCUGGGGCAGGAGAUGUCAAUAAUCAUUGGCCCCCAAUGGUAGAGAUAAUUACUUUGCAUGCUCACUCAGUAAGGAUAGCAAGGUACCACCAUGACUGGUAAGACUAGCUCCAUCUUAUUAGUGCUCACCUGACUGACAGUUAUAAGAGUUCUAUGAUUUUUUUCCAACCAUAUAUAGAUUGGGGAAGAAGACUAUUUCAAUGGUCAUUUGACAGAAGUAUACCCAAGAAUUGUAAAGGAGAUCCACAUUUCCCUUUAUACCCCAGGAGAUGGGGCAGGUGCUAGAGAAAAUAGAUAAGAGCUACAAAAAAAGAAUAAGAAAAAAAAACUGGAAUAUUUAAGUCAUUUUGUUUAGUUUUUUCGUCUCCUUUUUUUGUACCAGCACAAACUGAAAAAAAAUCUAUGUUAGAUUGUUGAUCGACUGUGUUUUUUAACAGCACAUUGUAUCUAGCAGCACAUUGCAAAGAUGCCUUCAUCCAAAGUCCAGUAUUGCUGGUGAUUGUAGAAGACCGACCAGUAGUGAACAAACCCUUUUCUAAUUCCAAAAUCUACGUCCUCCUGUGUAGCCUGCUCUGGGAGAAGAAGGGGCUUGUCUAGCUGGCAAAUGGGGAGUCAAUUGCCAGCCAAUGGACAUUCUCCCAAGACGACUAUGGGCAUUGGUACUUUUUAAUUCCUAAAAAAAAAAAAAAAAAAAUCAGUAGCUUCAAUGACAAUGGGCCCUGGAACUUUGUAAGCUAGCCAGGUCCUUUAACAAGAUACUCCUAGAAUGCAUUGUAGACUGGAAGAAUGUAAUAUUUAUUUAUACAUGUGAUACAAACUGUAAUUAAAAUGCUUUCCAUGGCUUGACAAGGUAACCUCU